CCUGUGGCUGCCAUGCUCCUCAAGCUCUGCCUCCCGCUGCUGCUCGCUGCCUGCGCCGCCGCCGAGCACUGGGCCGUCAUCGUCGUCGGCUCUACAGGCUACUGGAACUACCGCCACCAGGCCGAUGCUUGUCAUGCGUACCAAGUCGUGCGGAGCCAUGGCAUUCCCGAGUCCAACAUUGUGCUCAUGAUGUACGACGACGUGGCCAACAGCUCGAGCAACCCGUUUCCGGGCCAGCUCUUCAACCGGCCGACCUUGCGCCAAAGCGAUGCCGUCGACGUCUACAAGGGCUGCAACGUCGACUACCGCGGCGACGACGUGACACCCAAGAAGUUUUUGCAGGUGCUCCUGGGCGACGCGUCGGCUGGCGGCAAGGUGCUCAAGAGCACAGGAAACGACCGCGUGUUUGUCAACUUUGUCGACCACGGCGCGGCCGGCAUGGUCGUCUUCCCGAAUGCGAACCUGUACGCCCGCGACCUCGUCGAGACGCUCAAGACGAUGCACGACCGCAAGCUCUACAAGGAGCUCGUCUUCUACAUGGAAGCGUGCGAGUCGGGGUCCAUGUUCAAGGACCUGCUUCCGACCGACAUUAAUGCGUACGUGACGACGGCCGCCAACGAGAAGGAGUCGUCGUGGGGCACAUACUGCCCGCCCACGUCGGACCACAUUGGUACCAAGCUCCUCGGCACGUGUCUUGGCGACCUUUACUCGGUCAACUGGAUGGAGGACAGCGACAAGAGCGACUUGGCCAAGGAGACGCUGGGCGAGCAGUAUGCGCGCGUCAAGAAGCUCACGGACAAGAGCCAUGUGCUCGAGUUUGGCUCGCCCACCAUCCGCAAGGAGCCUGUUGGCGACUUUCAGUCCAACGACGACCACGACGUCGGACCGUUGCUGGUCGAGACGCUCGAGACGACGGCUGACGUUCCGCGCUCGAGCGUCGACGCCCAUGACAUUGAGCUCGUCACCAAGUUUUACCAGUACUUGCGCGCAGACGUCGGCGCGCGUGGGCCGCUUGCAGCCGCGUUGCUCGAGACUCUGCACGGGCGCGAGGUCGCGGACCGCGUCUUCAGCGACAUUGUCCGCUUGACGAUGCAGUCGGCGCCAACCUUUUCGAUGACGCGCGACGACACGUGCCUUCGCGACGUCAACACGGCUGUUGAAGCGCACUGCGGCCGGUUCUCGGACUACAGCGUCCAGUACGUGGCGCACCUCUCUGCGCUCUGCGCUGAGGGUUACGCGCCCAGCGUCAUCGUCGCCCAAGCUGUCGCGGCCUGCAAGCGCCAUGCGCACAAGAGCCGCGUGUUCGACCCGAGUCUUCUCCACCCCUGAGCAGCCGCGCAUCAAGGCGGCGAUCUCGCCUCGAUACGCUAAGAAUGACCUUGAAAGUGGCGGUUCUCUGGAUGCAGAUUGAGUCGACCACGUAUUGUCAA